UCGGGACAGACGUCCUUAAUUUGGGAGUUUAAUGGAGGAAACAGAAUUUGGCAGUGUGUGUGUGGUUUUGUUUCAGAAAUGAGAGAUUUAGAUCAAUAAUGAUUCCCUGGUUGUCAACAGCUGACAUCAUGAUAACACACUGAAAGGAAGACAAGGAAGACACAAGCCUGGAAAACAGCUGAGCGAUGAAGAAGAUCGUGUGAUCGGAUCCUGAGCUCCUGCACAGCUAGUCCUGGACCUUGAGAUGAAGACAGUCUUUUGUUUUUUCAGACGAGAGGAGGGCAGCUGAGGGGACGGCGCUCCAACUGCUCGGCCUCUGAUUGGCUGGAAUCUGUCUGCAUUUGAGUCUGUCUGUCUUGAUGACACAACGUGAACACGUGAACGCAUCACUCCAGCACAGCUCGUCUGAAGUGAGCGGUGAUGCAACAGUAAGAGUUCGUCCCUCCUGUGUGACGAGGGAGUGUCGCGCUGUCAUACUGAAACACCUGCAUCUCCGUUCAUCAGUGCGUCACUGCAGAGACUCCAGGUGGAGGCAGUAAAGGCAGAAGCUGGAAAUGGAAGGAGAUGCUUCGCUUCCCUCACAUCAGUCAGUGUAUGGACCUGGCCAUGAACAUAGAGCGAGAUUACUACAGUCUGUGUGUGAAGCAGCCGAUCGGGAAGAAACUGUUUGAGCUCUUCUGUCGGAGUCGUCCUGAGCUGCAGAACUGCAUCUCCCUCCUGGAUGCUUUGGAAGCCUUUGACGCUAAAUCAGACGAGGAGAGGAAGGAAUUUGGCGUCAGCAUCGUUCAGAGAUUCCUCAGGAGUCAGUCCAUUCAGUGUGUGUCCGUCGUGCAGAAACACGAGCAGAGCUGCAUCCAGAGUCUGGAGCUCAGUCCCUUCAGGGACGUCUUCCACGACUGCAGAGAAGACCUACAUGAGUUCCUCAGCGGAGAAACCUUCAUCCAGUACCAGGAGAGCAUGUUCUUUGACCGUUUCCUUCAGUGGAAGACGUUAGAGAGGCAGCCCAUCACCAAGCACGCGUUUCGACAGUACAGGCUGCUGGGAAAAGGAGGGUUUGGAGAGGUGUGGGCCUGUCAGGUGCGAGCUACAGGAAUGAUGUACGCCUGUAAGAAGCUGGAGAAGACUCAUGUGAAGAAGAGGAAGGGGGAGGGCAUGGCUCUCAACGAGAAACAGAUUCUGGAGGGGCUGGACAGUCGAUUUGUGGUGAAUCUGGCGUACGCCUACGAGACCAAACACGCCCUCUGCAUGGUCUUGACCAUGAUGAGCGGCGGGGACUUGAAGUAUCAUAUUCAUAACAUCGGCUCGCCCGGCCUGGACAAAGAACGAGUGCAGUUCUACGCCGCAGAAGUCUGCUGCGGCUUAAUUCAUCUCCAUCAGAAGUCGAUACUAUAUAGGGAUCUGAAACCAGAAAACAUUCUGUUGGAUGACAACGGACACAUCCGCAUCUCUGACCUGGGCCUGGCUGUGAGGCUGACUGAUGGGAAACUGGUGCGAGGCAGAGUGGGAACGCUGGGUUAUAUGGCUCCUGAGGUGAUCAGCCACAAACAUUACGGGCUGAGUGCCGACUGGUGGGGCCUCGGCUGUCUGAUUUAUGAGAUGACCGCCGGUCAGCCUCCGCUCAGGGCGCGAGGAGAACAUCCCAAACCCUCAGAGAUGGAGAGGAGGAUUCUGACAGAACAGGAGGAAUAUGGUGAAAAGUUCAGCAAGCAGGUGAAGGAACUGUGCUCUUCGCUGUUGAUCAAGGAUCCAGCUCAGAGGUUGGGCUGCCGGGGCUCAGGCGGGACGGAGGUACAGUCACAUCCUUUCUUUGAAAAAGUCAACUUCAGGAUGCUGGAGGCCGGACUUGUCGAGCCGCCAUUUAAACCUGAUCCCAGACAGGUGUACUGCAGCGACGUGCAGGACAUCGAAGAGUUUUCUUCAGUGAAGGGAGUCACGCUGGACCAGACGGACAACAACUUCUACUCCCAGUUCAUCACAGGCAGCGUUCCCAUCACCUGGCAGAAUGAGAUGAUAGAGACGGGAUGUUUCAGGGAGCUGAAUACUUUCGGACCAGAGGGAUCUCGAUCUCCAGACCUCGACUGGUCCCAGGCCCCUGACAGCCCCAAACGCAGCCUGCUGGACCGGAUCUUCCGCAGACGUCAGCACCCUUCAGAUGCGACUGAGGAAGCCAAACAGAGUUUGGUGCCCAGUGAAACCUACAUGAAGUCCGGACUGCUCAGCACGGCGCUCUGAGGACGUCACGGCGCACAAUCACCCAGCACACUUGUAAAUCACAGCAUAGCAUGUUUCAUUGUAUUAGCAUUCUCUUCAUGUAUAUUUGAACUGUUCUGUCAGUCACGCACACACUCCAACACUCACUGUUUCCAUCGAUUUUUUAAACACACUGUGAGUGGCUGUUUUUCUUUUUGUACUUGUAAAAAACUUGAAUUUUGAUACAAACAGCAGGACACAUGAAGCUACUUCAUAACAAACUAAUUCCACUGAUUGUCUUAACUGAAAUACCUUAAAAUAAACUUGAUGUCAUUUUUAACGCAGUGCCUCCAGGAGUUUCAUCCAGAUUAGAUGGCUGAGUAAGAAAAUAUGUCUGUUAACUUGAUGGUGUUUCUUCAAAUUUGGCUCAAACAUCCACUUUUGUACUCAAAGGAUGGACGCCUUACUUCCUGUUUUCUGGCAAGUUACCCCGACACCCUGUUCGCUAAUGGCACAAACAUGAACGAUCCAGCAGCAGUAACUUCUACUUUUGCAGGGAUUUAUUUCAGCUCACCUCUCCACAUGUAAACCAAGUUUUCCCCAACACUAUUUUACAGGAGCAGCGUCACGGCUUCCUGCGUUAAACGCAGCACAAUGCGGUUGAUUGGCUGUGUGGUUUAAAGAUAUGCAAACAAACCAGAGCAUUGUGCAAUGCAAGAGUAGUUACAGGACUACUUAAAAGUCCAAUGAGUAGGAUUUAGUGGCCUCUGGUGGUGAGAUUGUAGAUUACAACUCACUCUAUUCCCCUCGCCUCAGCAUCCUGCAGAGUGGACGCUAAAAACACCAAUGUUUAAUUUGUCCUUUCUGUAGAAA